CAUAUGACGUCAGUGGCGCUGCAGCAGCUGAGGCGUGUUUCAGUCGCUUCAUUUAAAGUCUCACGUCGUCUUCUCUUCCUCUCUUCCUCUUCCUCUCUUUCUCUCUUUCUCUUCCUCUCUUUCUCUUCCUCUCUCACUCUUUCAGAAUCGUUCACUUUAUGCGUCAUUAGCCGCUGUGCACCGGAUGUGACGUGUGUUUGCGACAAUCUUCACUCAACUUUAUUGACAGUUAGCUCGUCGCAGCUAACCGGCUAACUUGCGCUGACGUGACGGGAGAAGCUCCGAGCUCAGGGUUCAGGAGGCGGUUGCCAUGGAGCCGGCCUGGCGUCAGCAGGGCCGGGGCCGAGGCCGCAGCCAGGAGGGUCAGGGUGAAAGGUCCCGACCUCCGCUGACGGAGAGGCCGGGAGCCGCCGCAGGAGCGUGGGCAGCGGGGCGAGGAGGGAGGACGAAGAGGGCCGCGGCUCCUGAGCCUCCACGAGCAGAGUCCGUUCAGUCCAAGUUCGAGGAGAUCAGGAAGUCCAACCAGGCUGCUGCUCAGCGACUGGUGGAGAGCCGCGUCAGCUCCUCCUCAGAGGACGAUGACGAUGAAGGAGAUGUUGACCACAAGGAUGGAAAGAGGGGCAAGAUCCUGGCGUCGACCUUCACCACCUACACUGACCAGACAGGUGGCGAUGGCUCAGGUCUUCUCAGGACUGGUCAGUACGUUAGUGACCUGUUUCAAUCCGGAGCUCUCACCUGCCUCAUCUGCAUCGGCUCUGUCAAGAGGACACAGGCGGUGUGGAGCUGCUCCAGCUGUUUCUCCCUCUUCCACCUGCCCUGUAUUCAGAAAUGGGCCAGAGACUCAGCCUUCCUCGUCUCCUCCGUCACUGAUGAAGACUUUGGUCAGAAGAAGCAUCCCUGGCCCUGUCCAAAGUGUCGAGCUGAAUAUCCACCCAGCGCCACGCCCAACAGGUACAUGUGUUACUGUGGGAAGCUGCAGGACCCCCCAGCUGACCCCUGGUUGGUCCCUCACUCCUGUGGCUCCAUCUGUCAGAAGGAACUCAAACCCACCUGUGGACACACUUGUCUGCUGCUCUGUCACCCCGGUCCCUGCCCUCCGUGUCCAAAGAUGGUGCCAGUUUCCUGUAUGUGUGGCAAAUCAAAGCCCCUCCCCCGUCGCUGUAGCAACAAGGCCUGGUCCUGUCAGCAGCAGUGUGGCAGGUUACUACCCUGUAAACAACACACCUGUACACAGCCCUGUCACACAGAGUGUUCUCCAUGUCCUAGAGUCAGUGUUCAGAAGUGUAUGUGUGGUAGAGAGAAGGCAGAGAGACCCUGUGCCAGCCCUGAGUGGAACUGUCAGCAGGUAUGUGGUUCUGUCCUCUCCUGUGGGAAUCACACCUGUGAGCUCUUGUGUCACGACAGAAUCUGUCCUCCAUGUCCCCGCUCCAUCAGCAGAUGCUGUCCCUGCGGCAAGACCAGUUGUCUGUUCAUCUUUCCCAUUUUUUGUGUGAUCUGUCUGUCAGGGAGCUGUUACCCAUGUCCAGAGUCGGUGGAGGUCACAUGCACGUGUUCCUCAACUGUUCUGGUUGUUCCCUGUGGUCGAGAGAGGAGCACCAAGCCACCUCGCUGCAAAGAGCUCUGCAGGUGUCCUCCGUCCUGUCACCAUCCGACCAGAGAGACGCACCGCUGCCACCCUGGGCCCUGCCCCGCCUGCAGGCAGCUCUGCCUGCUGCCGCUGUCCAGGUGCAGCCACACCUGUCCGCAGCCCUGCCAUGACAUAGUGCUGGUCAAGUCCCACCAGGUGCAGUUAGCAGGUCCGUGGGAGCAGCCAUCUGAACCUGCAUUUGUGAAGAAAGCUCUGCCCUGUCCGCCAUGUAAAGUACCAAUACCAACAUCCUGUUUUGGAAAACAUGAGGUCAGUCCGGUGCCGUGUCAUCGUCGGGGUCCUUUCUCCUGCAAACGUCCUUGCGGACGACCUUUGACUUGCGGCAACCACGACUGCAGCAGGGAGUGCCAUGUAGUUACCGAGGGCAACAAGUGUGAAGUCUGUGAGGAGGACUGUUUGAAGCCCCGCCCCCCAGGCUGUCCACACCCCUGCCCGCGCCCCUGUCACCCGGGCGACUGCCCCCCCUGUGGUCAGAUGAUCCGCCAACGUUGCCACUGCAAGAUAAGCCUGCUCUACGUGGAGUGCAUGAAGUUGAUGUCGGCUGAUGAAAAGAAGAAGGUGGAGCUGAGCUCCUGCAACAACCAGUGUCCUAAAGAG